AUGCCAAAGAUCAAUUGCAAAGGCUGCAAAAGAGUAAUAUAUACUAAAUGCAGUGGACUAAGUGCAACAGAAUUGCGUGUUGUUGCACUCCAAACACCCAAAUUGUCGUACCUAUGUGAUGACUGCGAGGAGGGGCUAAGGCAGAUUCCAGAUCUUCGCAGACUUGUAACAGAACUUCAACAGCAGGUUCAAGAGUUAAGGAAAAACCAUAUAAACGUAGUGAAUUUGGACACAGUGAUAAAUGAAAUUCAGGAAAGAAAAAAUCGUAGUCGUAAUCUUAUUGUGUUUGGAAUACCUGAAUCUACAGCAAAUUCACCAGAAGAAAGAAAAAGUCAUGAUAAAGACCAGGUUUCUAAAACUAUAACCUCACUGGCAACUCCAGAACCGGAAAUUCUCACUGUCAUCCGUUUGGGUAAACCUGUAUCCAAAAUUGAAAAGCCGCGUCCUAUCAAGGUAGUCCUGGCCAAUAAACAUAAUGCUAUAAAUGUUCUGAAAAAUAAAGGUAAGCUGCCAAACUCUGUUAAAGUAAAGGCUGAUAUGACACCAUAUCAAAGAGAUCAACUUAGGAGACUUCGUGGAGAACUAGCGGCUAGAACCGAAAAAGGUGAGCAAAAUCUUACGAUCAAAUAUAUCAAUAACAUACCAAAGAUUAUAACAACUACAAAAAAACUAGCACGUCAUAAUAUCACAGAACUCCGCAUACUAUACACGAAUUUGGCUUCCAUUAUGGCAAAAUUUGAUUUAUUUCUUCUUGAAGUUAAUACACAUAAACCUGCUUUUAUUUUGAUAUCAGAAACUCAUUUACAUUCUGGAAUUGAUGACAGCCUUAUAAAUAUAAACGGAUAUACGCUCUUCCGGUUGGACAGAAGAGAAAGAAAAGGGGGAGGAGUAGCAAUGUAUGUUGCACAUGACGUUAACAAUGUACCUGUUAUAUCAAAAGUGAAUAAAAUAUAUUAUAAUUCUUUGGUUGAGGCAUUAUGGCUAGAUAUACACUAUGGAUAUUUAGAUUUACUUUUAGCUUGUGUGUAUCGUCCUCCCUCAAAUGUUUUAACAAGUGCUGAUGAAAUAUUACUUAACACCAUAGAAAAGGUAGCCUCAAAGCAGACAGUGAUUAUUGCAGGUGUUUUCAACUUACCAAAUAUAAAAUGGCCUCUCGAUAAUUUAACCGGACAUAACAAGCUAUGCGAAAGCUUUGUAGCAAUGUAUUCAAACAGUAAUCUCAAUCAGCUUGUAACACACAUCACAAGGAAACGUAAUAAUGCAGAAUCCCUACUAGAUCUUAUACUGUGUAAUGAUGAAACUUUAAUAACUGAUAUUAAGUAUCUUCCGCCCAUUGGAAAGAGUGAUCAUUUGGUCAUACUGGCUUCUAUGCAGAUAAUUAAUAACGAUAGUAAAGUGCCUAUAAUAAAGAUUUUUGAUUUUUAUAAAGCUGACUAUAACAAAAUUAACAAAGAUUUAGCAGAAAACUUUAACAUAAUUGGAAACCAAGUAGAUAAAAUGUGGCUAUCAUUUAAAAAUCAAAUACAUACAUCACUUGAAAAUUGUGUAAAAAAAAUCACAGAGAAUAAAUAA